AUAAAAGGAGCUGCCAAACUAUCUCCGGGAUUUCAGCUUUGGAGUGAUAGUUAUUUGAGGUAAGCCCCGGAUUUAGUUUUUAUACCCACGACGAGCCUUUAAUAUUACUUUAAAUUUUCAAUCUUAGGGAACUUUGUUAUAAAUAUUGACCCCAAAAACCAUCCGAAGCAGAAUUACCAAUGAUCAGCUUUUUUUUAGUAGUAUUUGCAUAAUAUGUGUCUAAAAGCCGAAAAUAAAAAAUUAAAAUAAAGUGGAUAAUACAUUUUUCCUGCCUCUCAUCUCAGGUGGAUAAUUAAGAAGGAAGACACUCUUUUCAGGAAGAAUAAUAUUCGUUUGCCUUCUUUCUAUUAUGCGUAUAAGUUUUCUUUUAAUACCUGAGCAGUAUGUUUUCACUUUUUUUACAUUGAUGUCCGAGACUGAACCUACAUCUUCAAUUGAUAUUCAUUUAAAAAAUGAAGUUACAAUAUUUGAAAUAGUAAUACACGUUUUCAUGAGUUGUUUUAUUCAAAAGUGGCUCAACAUUAACUUUUGGUUGAUGAGAUUGAUGCUAUUAGUUAGUUCUAUUUAUUUUUUCAUGUUAUAUUUGCAAAUGAACCUUUUUUUUGGAAAAAAAAUAAGGACAAAAGAAAUCUAAAAUUUUAAUGAACACCUGUUAAUGCUAAUGUAAGUUAAAAGAAUCCGUAUCUAAGACGCAGCAUACUAAUAACAAUAUUUUGCAUUUAGCGUCAGAGGUAUCUAGCUUCAAAGAUAUGUAGGUAAACCCUUUAUCCAUUAUGACAAACUUCAACACCUGGCUUGCAACUAAAAUUCACACAAGACCUAAGAAUGACUCUGUCAAAUGUUCCUAAUACCCUCACAAGGUAACAGUCGUGUAGAACUUAUGAAUCAUUCAUAGUUGACCAAAAACAUGUGUAAUUUUUUUAUAACUUGUUAGGGAAAAGUAUGGAGAUGUUAUUGUGAGAGUAGAUUAUGGUAAAAAGGAGAACAGAGCUCGGCCUGCUGAUAACAUUGCACUGAGAGAAUUUUUAUCAAUCUACAAUGAUUCUGAUCGUUACUUGGUAGAUACUCUUCCUGAAGAAAUGUGGCCUGAAUUUUCACUUCCAUCCUGUUUGUUGUGUGGAGGAUUUACAUCUAGACUACAGGUAAGUCCCAAGAGUGAUGAACAUAAAUUGGAUAAAUUUAGGUUUCUGGGAAACUGCCCACCUACCCCUCUCCUAAACCAACAUUAUCACUUCUUACUUAGGGAAAAAUGCUGGCUUAGGGGAGGGGUAGGUGGUCAGUUUCCCAGAAACCUAAAUAGGCCACUUGCACUAAGAGAUCACGUGAGCAAUGCUUCCUUUAAACAAUGAGUUGGAAUCUUGCUGAUGCCAAAAAUUGUUAGAGCACAUAAAAAUUAUCUUACACCUGAAAUUUGAGAGGAAACGUAUUUAAGGGAGAUAUUUUAUGGCACUUUGAUUUUUCAACAAAGUAGUAUAAUUUGCAUUGGCCGCCAUGUUGGGGAGCAUGCUCUUGCCCUCCAACAUGGCGGCCAAAACUACUUUUUUCUUAUAUCUUGUUCAACGUUUGAUAGUUACGCUCAGAUGUGCCGCAAAGGUUCACAUCAUCUUUUCAACAUUUUCCUUGAAGUUUAAGUGCAAAAUUUGUGCUCAGAGAGAGGUAAUUCAUAAUUUUAAAAAUCACAUUUUGGUCACGUGACCAUUUACGAACUUAUUCAUUUUAAGAAAAUGGUGUGGGUUUAAAAAACCAAAUCAACAUUAUUUUGUUUAAGAUAUGACCCACUAAUCGUUUUUCGAAGGUAAAAUCAUAUAACUUUCAUUUUCAUAAAAAUGAUGUCACAUGACCUCUUAGUGCAAAUGGCCUAUUGUUCUCAUAAAUUUUCUCCUAACCAUAUUAAUACUUGAUCAACAGAAAAGGCUAAACUAAUUAAUAAAAUGAUCUCCAAAGGGAAAAUACUUUGAUCCUUUAUCAAAUUCUCUCAAACACAUCUUUGAGAAAAUAGAUGGAGAUGAGUGUGCAGGGAGAAUUUGUAUGUGGAUAUUAGGGCUUAAAGAAUGAAGAACUUUUUUAUGAAGAUUUGAUUCUUGCAAAUUGAAUAUGUCAAUUUGACCUCCUUCAAUCCCUAGUUGUGUCUGGAUGCAUGUUUCCUCAAGAAGGGACUCAGGUUUCCUGAUCUAAGUGUUUUGCAUGCUUCAUGUGCCUUUGUUUUCGGUUUAUAGGAUGCAGUGCUCUGGUACAGUAGUGGAGGCUCCAAGUCAUUCCUUCAUAUGGACACAGUAGAUAAUAUUAACUGUAUGAUAAGUGGAGUCAAGCAGUGGUUCAUAGUGGAUCUGGUAUGAACCUAGCCUAUACAUGUGAUGUUUAUAGGGAUAGUAAAGUCUGAGAAAACAGACAACAUUGUGUGACACCACCACUGGUUUCCUUGACAUGACAUCUGAGGAACAAGCACAAAAAUUCCAUGCUGAUGAUGCAUCACUACCAGGGUGUUCAUUAGGCAUCGGAGAUUGGAGAAUUCUCCAUUUACUACGCAGAAUUCUCUGGCUAACGGUCAAUAGCCUAUAACUAUUUUUUACUCAGAUGUGGAGCCUCUUUAAAAAUUUUCUCCUGUAGUGUUACACCUUUCUCCUGCUACUAGAGUUCUUAAUGAAAACCCUGCACUACCCAGAUCUUUGUAGAGCUUCUGAAUGGAUGAAGCAAAUUUUCAACCCUUCAGAAGCGCUACCCAGAUUAGGGUAGUGACACAUCAUGUCAUUUUGUGAGGAAACCAGUGGUAUUGUCACAAAACAUUGGCUGUUUUCUCAGGAUAUAGACAGUACUGAAGCCAAUAUAAGGGAGUUCAACUCUGUUUAAGAUCUAUAGCAAUUUUGCUUUUGUUGGUAACUUCUAGGAACACACCAAGUUAAUUGACAUGGAUCACGGAGAAGGUGAUUAUUGUAGUGUGAAUGUUGACAAAGUGGACAUGUUCAAGUAUCCUAGCUUACAGAACCUACCAUGGUGGUUUGCACGUCUUGAACAUGGAGACUGUAUGUUUAUACCAUAUGGGUGAGUUGGGUCAAGUUUGAAGAGAAUAAAAUUUAUUCAUUGUUUUGAGUUGUCCCUCCUUUAUUUAAUAAAGGAGGGACAACUCAAAACAAUGCUCUUUUCAUCAUUUUUGCUUGGGGGUGAAUGAGUGAAAUCACAGCAACUAUGGUAGGGGACACAGUAUAUGUCACCUCUAUUGAAGGGACACCUCCAUUUAGGGGACACAGUAUCGGUCACCUCUAUUGAAGGGACACCUCUAUUCAAGGGACAAAGUAUUGGUCAUCUCUAUUGAAGGGACACCUCCAUUCAGGGGACACAGUAUAUGUCACCUCUAUUGAUGGGACACCUCCAUUUAGGGGACACAGUAUUGGUCACCUCUAUUGAAGGGACACCUGCAUUCAAGGGACACAGUAUUGGUCACCUCUAUUGAAGGGACACCUCCAUUCAGGGGACACAGUAUAUGUCACCUCUAUUGAAGGGACACCUCCAUUUAGGGGACACAGUAUCGGUCACCUCUAUUGAAGGGACACCUCUAUUCAAGGGACAAAGUAUUGGUCAUCUCUAUUGAAGGGACACCUCCAUUCAGGGGACACAGUAUAUGUCACCUCUAUUGAUGGGACACCUCCAUUUAGGGGACACAGUAUUGGUCACCUCUAUUGAAGGGACACCUGCAUUCAAGGGACACAGUAUUGGUCACCUCUAUUGAAGGGACACCUCCAUUCAGGGGACACAGUAUAUGUCACCUCUAUUGAAGGGACACCUCCAUUUAGGGGACACAGUAUUGGUCACCUCUAUUGAAGGGACACCUGUAUUCAAGGGACACAGUAUUGGUCACCUCUAUUGAAGGGACACCUCCAUUCAGGGGACACAGUAUAUGUCACCUCUAUUGAAGGGACACCUCCAUUCAGGGGACACAGUAUAUGUCACCUCUAUUGAAGGGACACUUCCUUUCAAGGGACACAGUAUAUUUCAUCUCUAUUGAAGGGACACCUCCAUUCAGGGGACACAGUAAAUGUCACCUCUAUUGAAGGGACACCUCCAUUUAGGGGACACAGUAUUGGUCACCUCUAUUGAAGGGACACCUGUAUUCAAGGGACACAGUAUUGGUCACCUCUAUUGAAGGGACACCUCCAUUCAGGGGACACAGUAUAUGUCACCUCUAUUGAAGGGACACCUCCAUUCAGGGGACACAGUAUAUGUCACCUCUAUUGAAGGGACACUUCCUUUCAAGGGACACAGUAUAUUUCAUCUCUAUUGAAGGGACACCUCCAUUCAGGGGACACAGUAAAUGUCACCUCUAUUGAAGGGACACCUCCAUUUAGGGGACACAGUAUUGGUCACCUCUAUUGAAGGGACACCUGUAUUCAAGGGACACAGUAUAGGUCACCUCUAUUGAAGGAACACUUCCAUUUAGGGGACACAGUAUUGGUCACCUCUAUUGAAGGAACACUUCCAUUUAGGGGACACAAUAUUGGUCACCUCUAUUGAAGGGACACCUCCAUUCAUUGAAGGGACUCCUCUUUUUAGGAGAAAGGGGCAGGUUUUCUGGGUCCUGAAACCCGUAUUUAACCUCCAUUCAGCGAGCCUUCAAAAAGUGACUGACCACAAAAAUCGUUGUUAAGUUUUAGUAUUUACUAGUCAAAAAGGCAACAGCUUUCAAAACAUGAACUGUCUCACUCAAAUUGAUGCACUGCACCUGUGAGAACUAACCCCACAACAUCGCAGAGAUAAGUUAAUCAUUAUUUUUUAUACAUUAUCUGGCUACAUGAAGUGUAAUGACUGCAGAAGAUUCCAAGGUAGAAUAAAAGAAAAAUAUUUUUAUCAUUUGUUGGUUUAUUAUUAACUAACCACCAGCCUAACCUCCAUUCCGGGGGCACGUGCCUUGGUCCUGAGGGUGUCCCCUGGGUAAAGGUUCCACUGAAUAACCAAUCCGUAUCCGCUAAAAAUUUUAUGGCCUACGUUAUACUAGGUUUUCUCUCGUCAAUCCCACACCUCUACCUCCAGAAAAUGUAAAAUGUAAAAACGUGAUGUUUUGUUCAACUUUGACCCCGUCCACACGUAUCCGUUCUUGUCUGAAAACGGAGAUCUUUUUCGCCCCCUUUUCUAAAAUAUCUGAGUCCACACGUUGCAGUUUUGAAUCAUUUUUUGCUCAUCCACACAAAACGCAAUAGCCACUGAUAACGGUUUGAUAACGGUACCAUCUUUGAAGGGAGCAUGCGCAUUAACUAGCAUAUGAGCCCGUGACGUAAUCGUUUUUUCAAAAACUCCCGUUUUCGUAAAUCCACAUGAGUACAGCGGCUCGUUGUCGUCGCUUUCCCAGUAGACUUCCUGCUUUACCUGUAGUUCACCUAGUUGCUCAAUGGCCUAUUAGAGACUUUGUAAGGAUAUGCUGAAAUAAUUUUCCAAAUCGCUUUUCCUUGCAGAUGGGGUCAUCAAGUUACGUCACUCUUUCGUAACAUCGCCGUCAAUAUUUGGUGGACCCCGCUUCAGAGAUUUAAUUCUACUGAUUGUGAAGGUAUCUUUCCGAAGAGAUAAAAAAUUACAAACACAUGAGUGAAAAGUAGUUUAGCGAAUAUAAAUGUAUCAUUAACAGUUUGUCUCAUAUUUGUGUGUUCUUGAUAUUGAGUGAUAUAGAAUGUCGAUUUGUGUCGAUGGACAAUUUUGCUCAAAUGUUGAUUUUACGGGCCUAAAUAAACGCCUCGGUAUGAGACCUCACCUGGAGGGUGACUGAUGAAGAAACGACGUUUUGUGUUUUAACUGGAGGCAACUAAAACUUGCCGAAGUUUUCUAUUUAACGAAACUCUUUGUUGCACUUGUGCAUCUCAUUUUAGUUGUGAAAGAAAAUGAAGGCCUUAGCCAGCGCUGUCGGCAAAUUGAUUUCAUACUAAUGUUGCUUGUGUUUACAGUUAAUUUAGAAAAUUUGGGUUCAUCUCAGGCAAACUUGAGUAACUUCAAAUUUACAACAGGAGAGCAAUUAAGGUAUGAAUCGACUACUUGCCAAGAUGUAAAGUGUUACAUCUAGAUUCUUUUCCAAAUGGGAGAGGAAGAUUUUCGAGCAGUUUUAUUUUGUAAGAGCACCUCAAAAAAUCUUGAUUUACUCCAAAUCUGAAGGUCAGAGCGAUUUUGGAUGCAAUUUAGUAUCUAGAGGGGUCUUUUUUUCGUCAUCUACGCCCACUCAUCAAAAUAAGUAUUGACGAAGAAGAUGAAAGAAAGAACCCUCAAUACGAGGUUUUUCAAUAGUCCAGUUUCGAAUUCGUCGCGGCCGCCGAAAGAAACACUUGAGACUCAUUUAUACAGGGUUAGCCUCGACCUAAGGUAAAUAUAUUCACAAAUUCCCGUCAGAAGAAGACCCAGUGUGUACAGCUGUGUCUUUUGUUUUUAACUCUACUUCAGGCACCUUCUCGCCGGUAUUUGUGAAUAUGUUAAUUUAGGUCGAGGCUAACCCUGUACCAAUAAGUCUUCGACGCUUUUAUUCAGCAGCUACGACGAAUUCGAAACUGGACUAUUGGUUUUUUGCCUGAUGACGUCGUAGGAGCAAGGACGUCUGGUGGAGCGGGAAGUAAAAAUGGCGGGAAACUGUUUUAAGAACUCGAUUUUGUGCGAAACAGGAACACUACUUUCAAGUAGGGUUUUUAUGGUUAAACACAUUUAUAGAGGCGGCCAUGCCAUGAUGUGUGAGUCGUGGUUCUUAGGAGACUGAGGCAAAGUAGCGUUUCAGUUUUCUUAUAACAGACCACUAUUUUAAUCGUUGAUUUAUUUGUAUACUUUGAAGGUUCAUGGCUCUUCAAGUUAUCAAAGACAAUGGUGGAUCUGUUUCUUUUGAGACGAUAAAUCCAUUAAUUGUGGUGAGAAACUAACUUGUAGUACAGCCAAAUGCACUUAAUGUUAUAUAUACCUAGGAUCACUGCUAUUACGACCGUUUUCAGACUUUUCAAUUCCGUGCCUUAGCAAAUUAAACACUUCCUAUAUGUUUUAGCUUGAGAAAACAGCCGACACUUCUCGACGCCACAACUGGUUUCCCCGCGAAGCGAGCGCAGAAAUUCCAUACUGAUGACGUGUCACUACCCAGAUCUGGGUAGUGCUUUUGAUUGGUCGUGCCGCCUGGGAAAUUUUCUUCCGCAAACAAUGAGAAGCACUACGGGUAGUGACACGUCAUCAGUAUGGAAUUUUUGCGCUCAUAGCAAACUCUAUUUCGCGUGAAGACGCGCUGUUUUCUCAGGUUACGUACACAUCUCAACAUUUGCAAUGCGGCUUUUCGUGUUGUCAGUCGUCUUUUCUGCUUUGUAACCUUCUAUUUUUUUAAUUUUUCAAGGGAGAACAUACAGGAGAGAGACUCAUAACCCAAAAGGUAAUCAAUUUCUCUAGGUUAUUAAAGUUUUCAAACUUCGACGACGACGGCAGCGAAAACGCCACUUUUAUUCACUCAGUUUCACUAAUAUUUAGUACCUCUUUCAACUGGUUAAAUGUUAGCGAAUUUUCCUCGGGGUGAUUUCCUACAUAGUCUGCCCUAGGACUAUAUCCAAGUUAAGUAAAAGAGAAAGAGAGUCGUCGUCUUGUGUUUACGUCUCCCAUAAACGUGACAUAUUAGGAAAUUUGACGUGGAAGUCAUGCGGUAUCGUCAAGAAAUGUACAAGAAAGUGUGCUCCACGUGCAGUGUUAUUGUCUCGCUCAUUAAGCCUGUUUUACUUUUUCGACUUUCUCCGUUUUAUGAAUUCAAACGUCCGUGAUAGUAAAAGUAUUGAGGAAAACGCACAGAACAUUCGGUUUGAGAUAUUUGUUGUAAAACCAGAUUCUGAACCGAACCGACUAAGCGAUCAAACUUAUACCAAGCCAAUUUUAGGUUGUUUACGUUUUGGUUUUGUAUUAGGGAGCUUAAGUAACGACGACGGUCACGGGCCGACUGCAGCGAGAACGGAAAAAAAAGUAAUAGGUUUAGACUGGCAAAACAACAACUUUGCACGUGUAUCACGCUUUUUUGUACAUUUCUUGCCGUCACUGCAAUACUGCGACGUCAAACUUCCUAAUUUCACGUCAGUUUUAUGGAGGACGGGAACACAUGACAACCAUUUUCUUUUUCUUUUUGUGAAUUUAGAUACAGUCGUUUAUAAUUCAACCCCUGAAAAAAAUCGCCAACAUUUGACAAAUUAAAAGAGUUGGAAUAAGAGCGAUAAAGUUUGGAGCAGCGCAAAUUUGCUUUUUGGGUGACGUUUUCGCUGCCGUUGCCGUUGCUUAAGUCCCCUAUUCUCUCCUAGCGGUUUGCAAUGCUCGACAAAGACCAGGAUGGUGUUCUGACAGAAGAUGACGUCAUGUCUGUACCUGCUGACGUAGUAGACGAAGCAUUUGGCCAAACACCACCGGGAGAGGUAAAGACGCGUAUAAUGAUCCACUAG